AUGUCCUACUUGAAAUAUUCCACGCAGAAAUACUUGGAAUGUGUUGGCAGACUUCAGGAUCAUUUUGAUACUCUUGAAGAUAUAAGAAGCGACUUGCUGACCAAGGGUCCAUUAGCAGAAGAUAUUGAGGGUUUGCAUUGCCAGCUAGAUGAUGCUCAGUCUUUGGAAGCACAGCUUGCUGUUUUCCCUGACAUGCUAACAACAGAUUUGAGCAUAGCUGAUCAACUUCUGAAUUCUGCUGAUGAACUCAUCCCCAUGCAAAUCCACCAAGAUUUGGCAACAGUCUGUAUAGAUUUAAAGAAUGCUUUCACAGAUGUUUGCCACUUGUCAUCUGAGAGAAGUAAUGCUGUUCUACUAGCCAUUGACACAGUGAAGAUUCAUUUGGAAACCUCAUAUCAGAAUUUGCUGUGCUCCCUUGAUAAGAUCUCAGCUAGUUUGCACGACAGUUCUGAGAGUGUGUCUAAGCUUGAUAUCAUGAACGCUGAAGACCUAGAAAGAAUAAAGAACAAGAUUCAGCAAAUUAAGGACAUUGAGAAGGAGUUAUCAGGAACCCGACAUCUCAUGGAAGAUUCUGCUUUUGAUAUCCAAAACUUCAUUUCUGAGUACACUCAGUUCCUGAGUCCAGCUCACAGCAGACACAUUCUAAGAGCUCUCAGCACAACCCAGACAUUCUUUAAAGAGCUCAUGGACAGAGUGUUUACUCAGAGACAAACUCUAGAAGAGUGCUUGGAGAUCCGUGAGGAUGAGAUGCAGCAUCAGGCUGCUGUGGAUAAGCAGAGAGAGUUCUCAGAGAAGCACCAGGAGCUGUUUGAUGAUCUAACACAGACAGAGAACCGACUCAUAGGCCACCAGCAGCAAGCAGUAAGGGCAAAUACUGUGGGAGACAUCCAGCAGUACCAACAAGAGCAUCAGGCAUUACAGAAAGACCUGCAGGCUAAUGCCAGUGCUCUAAAUGAAGUCAUCAGCAGCACAAAGAAGUUUCUGGAGGAGAACCGCAGUAAACUCACUCCAGAACAGAUAUCAGCUCUUGAGAACAAAUUGGAGGAACUGAAGAGCAAGGCAAAUACACUUAACCAGAGGGCAGAAGAGUCCAGAAAAGAUCUGGACAAGGUGUUGACAAGUGCUAUUAAGCAAGAGACUGAGAAGGUCGCUGCUGUUGAGCAACUUGAAAAGAGUAAAAACAAGAUUGAGGGUCUUCUGGACUGGAUCUCCAAUGUAGGCAAAGAGAAAGAGAUGGGUGAAAUACAGAAGGAUCAGAUGAUAAAACAGAAUGGGAACCUGCCAGAGAACACAUCAAUGAAGAGAAUCAUUAGAGAGGGAGAUGAUCCAAAUGGAAAUGCUUUGGACUCUACAGAUAGCACACCUCUACACACUGUUGAAGGACAAGACAGUAAAUCUCUGGAUCUGGACCAACAGUAUGACAGGGUUCACGCCCACCACCAGGAAAUUUUGUCCCAGCAGCAGGACCUGAUCAUUGCCACUCAGUCAGCACAAGCUUUACUUGACAAACAGGCUCAAGUCCUGUCACCUGCUGAGAAAGAGAAGCUACAGAGAGACAUUAAAGAGCUGAAGGGCCGCUACGAGGCAUCGCUCACCCAGUCCGAGCAGAAGAUGAAGCAGCUCCAGAGUGUUCAGGAGGAGCUUCAGAAGUUCCAGGGUGAUUGUGAAGAGUUUGAGAUGUGGCUCCAGCAGGCACAGGGGCAGGUGGAGGACCUAGCAAAGCCGGCUGCAGGUCUGGACACCUUGAGUAGCAAUCUACAAAGACAGAAGAGCUUCUCUGAGGACGUCAUCUCACAUAAAGGAGAUCUGCGCUUCAUAACCAUCUCAGGGCAGAAGGUGUUGGAUGCAGCGAAGGUCUGCACACCUGCUGAAUCUGGAGGAACGGACGGACUUCCCAUGGUGGACAUGACGGGGACUUGUGCUGCAGUGAAAGAGAAGCUGGAUUCUGCUGCUGCUCGUUACAAAGCCCUGCACACACAGUGUAAUCAGCUUGGAAGCAACCUCAGAGAUGUGGUGGACAAAUACAGGAAGUAUGGAGAUGCCAGUGGAGCUCUGGUGAAGUGGCUCAAUGAUUCCGAAGAAGAUUCCAGAAGACAGCAGUCUGAAGCCAUCACUGGAGAUCCACAGAUAUUACAGAGACAGCUGGAGGAGACCCAGAGUCUUCAUUUUCAGACAACAGCCCGACAGGCUGCUGUGGAUACACUGAGAAAAACUGAUGCUCUGAUCACUGCAGAGGGUGACCUGCUGGCCAAUCCAGAUGAGAUUCAAGAGGCUGUGGAUGACAUCACAGAAAGAUAUGAGAACUUGUCUCGGUCAGUGAUUGACCGGAAUGAGAAGAUGCAGGUGACACUGAGUCGAUCUCUCAGCGUGCAGGACGGCCUGGAUGAGAUGAUGAGCUGGAUGCAGGCAGUGGAGGAGAGCGUGAGAGAGACGACACACGUGCCACUCGACUCAAACUCUAUCACACGUGCUCUCAGCAAAGAGGCAGCUCUGGAGCAGGACAUGUCCAGCAGGCAGAGUAGCAUCGCGACCAUGAAGGUGAAGGUGGAGAAGUUUGUGGAAAGCGCUGAUCCCGCGGCCGCUGCGCUGCUGCAGGGUAAGAUGGAGAGUCUGUCUCAACGCUUCACUGAUGCCGCUGCACAGCUCAAGAAGAAGAGCGCUCAGAUGGAGCAGCUCAAAGAGAAGGUGGAGCAGUUUGAGCAGACAUCUGAAAAGGUUCAGCAGUUUGUGGUGAGAAGCUCACAGGCUUUAUCAGAGACAGAUGAACCAGGAAAGAACGUCACUGAGCUCUUGCAGCUCAUCCAGGACACUAAUGCUGAGUUAGCCGAGCAUGCAAAGGAUGUGCAAACCCUACAGAAACUGUCAGAGGAACUCAGCACGCUGGAUCCUGAAGGAAGCAAAGCUCUUAUUCAGAGCAAGAUGAAGAACAUCUCGAACGACUUCAGUGCUUUGAAAGAUACAGUUCAAGAGAAAAAGCAGGUGGUUUCGUCCUGCCAGAGUUCAAUGGAGGAGUUUAAAGCAGCCACUGGGGUGUUCAUUAAAUGGUUGGAGGAGACAAAAGAGAAAGUGCCAGAGCUUGAACCCAACUGCAGUGAACAGAGCCUGAGAAAAGACCUGCACACAGUCAAUGGCUUGCUGGAUGAAUGGACCUCCAAAGCUCCAGCAGUUCAGGAUAUUAAUAGCAGAGGCUCUGCUCUAUGCAGCCUAUUCAGUGUUUUGACAUCACCAGCCAAAGCCAAGAUACAUCACAACACAGGUCUGGCUAUGAGUAAUGGUUCUGGUCCAGGAAGCCAUACCUAUCUGACAAACCAAGAGUUGAUGCUGGUACAGCAGAACAUGUCCUCAAUUAACAGCAGUUACGAGAACCUCGGGGAGCUCCUGAAGGCCAGAUCCUCUGAAUUCAGUGCUCUGUUGAAGAAAGUUCAAGGGGUCCAUGAGCAAGCUGAUUCUUUACUACAGUGGAUUGAAGACUCAAAGAAGACAACAACAUCUUGGAAUAACCGACCGUCUGGGAACGAUUCAGUUAAAACACAGAUAGAGCAACAAAAGAUCUUUGAAGAUAAUAUGAAGCAAAAGCAAGAGCAGAUCCAGCAGCUGAAGGAGAAAUUGCUUCACCUGAUUGAGGAACACCCUGAUUCACCCGAGGCAGAAAAGUGGAAGCACAUGCUGGCACAGAUAGAUGCCGGAAUGGAGGAGGUCAGGGGCACAGUGGAGAUCAGGAAACAGCACCUGGAGGAGUCGUCACAUAUGCUGGAGCUUUUCCAGACAACACAGCCUCAGCUCUUGCAGUGGUUGCAGGAGAAAGAGUUGAUGAUGAGCGUUCUGGGGCCCCUGUCUGUAGACCCCAACAUGCUUAACACACAAAAGCAGCAAGUCCAGAUUCUCUUGAAGGAGUUUGACAGCCGCAAGCCUCAGUAUGAGAAGUUAAAUGAGGGUGCCACUGCAAUAACCAUUGCAUCAGAGAAGCAAGAUUCUGUGGCAGAGAAGGUUAAAGAACAGCUGGCAUCAAUUUCCCAGAAGUGGCAGUCCCUGACAGGCCAGCUGUCCCAGAGACAUGCCCUCAUUGAGCAGGCUGUCGGUAAGACCACUCAGUUCCAGGAGCUUCUGCACAGCCUCAGUGGAAGUGCCAUUCGCCUGGAGACUGAACUGAAUAUACAACAGACUCUCAGCACCCAGCCUGAUGAAGUCAGGAAGCAGAUCGAAGCCACCAAUACAGUCCUGGGUCAGCUACAAGAGGAGAAGAAAAGGUUGCAGGAGGCAGAAACCGUCUGCUCGGAGCUCUCCGCCAUGGUGACUGAGGAGUAUCUCAGGGCAGAUUUGACAAAACAGUUGGAGGGUGUCACUAAACCAUUCAGACAACUUGAGGACAAAGCAGGAAAGCGCAUUGAGCAGCUCAACUCAGCCUUUGCCAGCUCCCAGCAGUUUCAUCAGACAUCUAAAGACUUCCAAACCUGGCUGAAUCAAACACUCCAGGAGCAGUUUAAGCCCCAGCCCAUCUCUGCUCAUGUGGAUAUAUUACGAAAAAGACUCAAGGAGAACAGUGUUGUUCAGAAGUCCAUUAGUGACCAUGAGGAACCUUAUAAAACCAUCAUGAAGGAGGGAGAGGCUCUCCUCCAGAGCACAGAAGGGGCAGAGAAAGUGGCCCUUCAGGGACAACUUUCGGCUUUAAGGUCCAACUGGGAGGAUGUGAAGAAGUGCAGUGCUGAGCAAGCAGAAAAGUUUCAAAGUACCAUGCAGCAUGCAUUGAAGUACAAGGAACAUUCUGAGCAACUGAACUCUUGUUUGCUGGAAUGUGAAGACCGAGGGAAGAAUGUAAAGCUCAGUGUGAACUUGGCAGAGAUUGAGAGAUCCCUCUCACAGUUGAAGGCCAUACAGAAGGAUGUUGACAAGCAUCGAGGACAGGUCAUGAUGAUGAACGCAGCCGCUGACAGCCUUCUCGAGGUAGUCACAUCCGAUGGGGAUACAGUUAGGGAGGAGAAGGCAGCCAUUGGAAAAAGAGUGGAUAAGCUCACAGAGGAUUUACAAGUCAAGAAAGAAUCAUUAGAAAGUAUCUCACAAAAGCUGAAAGAGUUUUUCGAAUUACAGAAGGAAGCUAAAAGCCAACUGGAGGGUGCCAAGAAACAGCUCGAAUCUCACUCUGACUUGGGUGUCCAGGCCUACAGCAGCAAGAACUUGACAAACAUGAAAGCUCAGCAGAACGCUUUAGAAAGUGUCCACAAUCAGACUGAGCAUCUUAAAAAUCUUGCAAAAAGUCUUGUGGUAGAUGUUCCUGAGGUUGAAGGUGUGACAGACCUUCUUCUAGAGGCAGACAGUUUGGAGAAAGAACACAUAGCUGUUACCAAAGAGGUGGAGGAUGCCUGCUCCACCUUGGAAAACAAACUCCAGGGCAUCGGUCAAUUCCAGAACAGCAUUCGAGAAAUGUUUACAAGCUUUGCAGACCUGGACGAUGAGUUGGAUGGCAUGGCCCCAGUAUGCAGAGACCUUGACACCAUACAGGAUCAGCAAAGCAGUAUCAAAGACUUUGUUACAAAGCUUCAAGAUCUGAUGACCAAGACAGCCAAUGCCAGAGACAGUUGCAAGAAGAUGCUGGAGUCAGAGGCCUCACCAGAUCUACUGGGUCUCAAAAGAGACUUGGAAACCCUGAGCAAGCAGUGUGGGAAGCUGAUGGACCGAGCCAACUUUAGAAGAGAACAGGUUGAGAACACCCUUAGUUAUCUGGAAGAGUUCAUUAGCAAGGUGCAAGUAUUUACACACAAACUGAGUGCGGCCGAAAAGCAAGAGGAGUCCCAAGGGUCUGUGGGGUCAGAAACAGAGGUCAUUAACCAACAACUGGAGUCCUUCAAGGUUUUCCAGAAGGAAGUCAUUGAGUCACUGCAGAACCAGUUGCAGGAGCUGAACUCUCUCGGUCAUGGGUUGAUCCAGAAUGCCGCCAAAGGCAUCAGCACCAAGAACCUCGAGCAGGACCUAGAGGAGGUUAACACCAGAUGGAACACCCUCAACAAAAAAGUUGCGGAGCGAUCCACACAGCUCCAUGAAGCUCUGCUGCACUGUGGCAGAUUCCAGGAUGCACUGGAGUCUCUUCUCAGCUGGCUCACUGACACCGAGGAGCUGGUAGCCAAUCAGAAGCUUCCGUCAGCAGAAUUCAAAGUGGUCAAAGCACAGAUACAAGAACAAAAGCUGCUGCAGAAACUGCUGGAUGAGCGCAGAGCCACAGUGGAGCUUAUUAAGACGGAGGGACUGAAGGUGACGGAGUUAGCUGACACCGUCGAUAAGGAGAAGAUCGCUAGAGAGAUUGAAUGCUUGGGUCAGAGGUGGGAUGCCCUCCUCAAGAAAGCUGAGAUCAGACACAAGCAGUUGGAGAGUAUUUUGGUGGUGGCGCAGCAAUUCCAUGAGACUCUUGAGCCUUUGACAGAGUGGCUGACCACUACGGAAAAACGAUUGGCCAACUCCGAGCCCAUCGGCACCCAGACGUCCAAGUUACAAGAGCAGAUUUCACAGCAGAAGGCUUUAGAGGAGGAGGUAAUGGGCCGCAGUAAGAUCUUGUAUCAGGCCAUGAGUCUGGGUCAGUCUCUAAGGGCCUUCGGCUGUGUGGAUGACAAGGACCUGGUGCAGGCAAAGCUGGACAACAUGCAGUGCACCUAUAUCGAGCUGCAGGAGCGUUGCCGCAGGAAAGGCGAGCUGCUGCAGCAGGCGCUGACUAACGCGCAGCUCUUUGGCGAGGAUGAGGUGGCGCUCAUGACUUGGCUCAUUGAAGUCCACGGCAAACUGAGUGAAGUCUCCAUCCAAGACUACACGAUGGCCGUGCUGGCAAAACAGCAUGCUGAGCAGCUGGCUCUUCAUGAAGACAUUGAGUUGAGGAAACAGAAUGUUGACCAGGCCAUCCAAAACGGGUUAGAACUUCUGAAACAGACCACAGGCGAUGAGGUUGUUGUCAUCCAAGGCAAACUCGAUGAAAUAAAGACCAGGUAUUCAGAGAUCAACACAAUGAGCAGCAGUGUUUCAAAGACUCUGGACAAAGCCCUGUCUCUCGCCACCAAGCUGCAAAACACCCACGAGGAACUGAACUGCUGGUUGGAGAAGGUGGAGUCAGAGAUGGCAACGUUUGAAGUUCAAGAUCCAGUUGGAGAGCAGCUGACUCACUUACAAGAGAGGCAAAAGGCACUACUGCAGGAGGUUAAGGAUCAGAAGCCACUUCUAGACUCUCUGAAUGAAGUCAGCAGUGCACUGCUGGAGCUUGUUCCAUGGCGAGCUCGAGAAGGGCUGGACAGAAUGAUCAUCGACGACAAUGAGCGCUACAGAUCAGCCAGUGAUGCUGUUAGCCAGCUUGUGGACCAGACUGGAGCUGCUAUCUUAAAAUCACAGCAGUUCGAGCAGUCAGCCGCUGCUGAGUUGGCCUGGCUGACUGAGGCAGAGAGAAAGUUGUCAUCUCUUGGUUACAUGAGCCUCGAGCCGGAGCAGACUUCAGCUCAGCUUCAGGCUCAGAAGAGCUUCUCCAUGGACAUUUUGAGGCAUAAAGAUGCUGUGGAUGACAUUGUGAAGUCCGGAGAGGCCAUUAUGAACAGCAAAGAUGAGGCUGAGAAGAAGACACUGAAGGUGAAGCUCGAGGCUAUAUUGGAGAAGUAUAACACGGUGAGUCAGCUGAACUCUGAGCGCAGUCUGCAGCUGGAGAGAGCUCAUUCUCUGGCCUGUCAAUUCUGGGAGACGUAUGAUGAGCUCUGGCCGUGGCUGCAGGAGACCAGUGCUGCCUUCAUUCAACUGGCCCAGCCUGCUAUUGAGUAUGAAGCCCUAAGACAUCAGCAAGAGGAACUAAGGCAAAUGAGGGAGCUAAUAGCAGAGCACAAGCCACACAUCGACAAGAUGAAUAAAACCGGUCCUCAACUGUUGGAGUUAAGUCCGGUGGAGGGGGAGCCCAUCAGAGACAAAUACCAAGCUGCAGAUAAACUGUACAGCCAGCUGAAAGCAGAUGUUAAACAUAGAGCUGCUGCUCUAGAUGAAGCUAUCUCCAAAUCCAUUCAGUUCCACGAUAAGAUCGAUCCCAUGCUGGAGUCUCUGGAGCGCAUCGCCGAAUGCCUCCAUCAGCCUCCAUCCAUUUCUGUGGAGGUGGAGAAGAUCCGGGAGCACAUAUCUGAGAACAAAUCUGUGACUGUAGACCUGGAGAAACUUCAGCCCUCGUAUGAAACCCUCAAGCAGCGAGGAGAGGAGAUGAUCGCUCGCUCAGAAGGAGCAGAUAAGGACCUCUCGGCCAAAGUUGUUCAAGACAAGCUGGACCACAUGGUGUUUGUAUGGAAUGACAUCCAGGCUCUUCAGGAAGAAAGAGAGGCGAAGCUUCUGGACGUCAUGGACUUGGCUGAGAAGUUCUGGUGUGACCACUGCACUCUGAUCAUGACCAUCAAGGACACACAUGACCUGUUGAGAGAGCUGGAGGAGCCUGGAGUUGAUCCUUCCGUGGUCAAACAACAGCAGGAGUCUGUGGAGAGCUUCAGAGAGGAGAUUGACGGGCUUCAAGAGGAACUAAAUGUGCUCCAGAAUCUUGGGGCUGAACUCUUGACAGUAUGUGGAGAACCUGACAAACCAGUGAUUAAGAAAAGUAUAGACGAGGUUAACUCAGCUUGGGAGACCCUGAAUAAGACAUGGAAGGAGAGAGUUGAGACUCUAGAGGAAGCCAUGCAGGCUGCAGUACAGUUUCAAGACAGUCUUCAGAACAUGUUUGACUCUGUGGAUAUUAUGGAAGGCAAACUGGACUCGAUGUCAUCCGUGGGCACAGACCUGGAAACAGUGAAACAACAGAUUGAGGAGCUGAAGGAGUUCAAAGGUGAGGCGUACCAGCUGCAGAUCGAGAUGGAGAGGUUGAAUCAUCAAACCGGAGUCCUGCUGAAGAAGGUGUUAGAGGAAGAUGACCGCAGUCCCAUCCUGGAGCCAAUGAAUGAGCUGAAGAUGCUCUGGGACAACCUGGACAAAAAGAUUAUUAACAGACAGCACAAACUGGAGGGUGCGCUAUUAGCUCUUGGGCAGUUCCAGCAUGCUUUAGAUGAACUUUUGGCCUGGCUUACUCACACUGAAGAGCUGCUGAGUGAACAGAGGAAGUCAUGUGGAGACCCAAAAGCCAUCGAGAUCGCGCUUGCAAAACACCAUGUAUUGCAGAAUGAUGUUCUGGCCCAUAAGAGUACGGUGGAAGCUGUGAACAAAGCUGGCUGUGACCUGAUUGACUCAAGUGCUGGAGAGGAGGCCAGCGGUCUGCAGAAUAAGCUGGAGAACCUCAACCAGCGCUGGAGAACCAUCCUGGAAAAAACUGCACAGAGGAGACAGCUGCUGGACAAUGCAUUGUUGCAGGUCAGAGUCUCACACAGCCCACCAGAUUACUGCCAACCCUCUGGAAUCUCAGACGCUCAACGUUUCCUAAAAUGGAAAAAUGAUUGA